AUGUCCAGUGUCUUAUCAAAGUCCACUCAGCGACCCAAGUACCAAUACACUAAGAAGCCCAUGCCUUACCGCGAGAAGCCCCAGUCAGCCAUGCAGGCCUUAACCACCAUCAUCCCCAAUUCUCUCAAACUGGCGGAGAAAGUAGAUCCCAUGGACCCUGGGGUGACCACGGAGAGCACCACCUACCCCAGUGACGUAUACCAGGAUUACUACACUGAAACCACGGGGGGUCCUGGUGUUGGGCAGGAUAAUUAUACCCUGGAUUAUAAUGAAUGCUACUUCAACUUCUGUGAGUGCUGUCCACCAGAGAGGGGACCUCAAGGGCCCAAAGGGGACCGAGGGCUACCAGGUACAGUUGGUGAAGAGGGGGAUCGAGGACCCAGGGGUUUUCCUGGGCCAUCUGGUUCAAAUGGAACUACAGGGCCAAAAGGAGACAGAGGAGAGAAAGGAGAGCAAGGAUACCGUGGAACGGCAGGUACUCCGGGUAACCCAGGAAAACCAGGGGAGAGAGGUGGAUUUGGUAUGAAAGGUGAGAAAGGAGACAGAGGGACCCCUGGGGUCAAAGGUGACCGGGGAGAGAAGGGUGAAAGCCUAAACGGGACUAAAGGUGAGAGUGGGGAACCUGGGUUGGAAGGCCCAACAGGGCCCCCUGGACUGACCGGAGCAGAAGGCCUAAAGGGGGACAAGGGAGAUAAAGGGGAGUGUGGGACAUUUGGUGAGAGAGGACCAAAGGGCGAUAGAGGGGAUCCUGGGACUCCAGGUAUCCAGGGGCAGGUAGGCCUUCCUGGGGUGGAUGGCAUGCCGGGCCACCCAGGUGUGAAGGGCGAACAGGGGGAUCAAGGACGUCCAGGGGCUCAAGGUGAGCCAGGGCUACGAGGAACACCUGGACUCCAGGGAGGGAGAGGGAUGUUUGGGCCAAAGGGUGACAGAGGCCCCCCAGGGAUGAGAGGGGACCGGGGCCCUCGGGGAAUCAGAGGGGCAAAGGGUAACGGGGUGAUUCAGAAACGCUCAGCCUUCAGCGUGGGCCUGUCCCCCAGUAAGUCCUUCCCUCCGUCAGGAUUCCCUGUCCGUUUUGACAAGGUCUUCUACAACGGAGAGAACCAUUACAAUGCCUCCUCCAGCAGCUUCAUCUGUGUCCACGGGGGGGUCUACUUGUUCUCCUACCAUAUCACGGUGAGGAACCGACCACUGCGGGCCGCCCUGGUAGUGAACGGGGUGAGGAAGCUGAGGACCAGGGACUCACUGUACGGCCAGGACAUUGACCAGGCAUCCGGCCUGGUGCUGCUGAGGUUGGUGCCGGGGGACCAGGUAUGGCUGGAGACACUGAGGGACUGGAAUGGAGUCUAUGCCAGCAGUGAGGACGACAGCACCUUCUCUGGUUUCUUGCUCUACUCUGACAAACCCUGAGAAACUACCUAACAUAUAAAACAAUCUACACUGUAAUUCUACAGUACCUCCACAUUACUGAGAUAAUCUUCAAUGGAACACUCACAAUACUGGCUCUUCCUCUAUAAAAAGCAUGACCAUAGUUCCUUUUAUACUUCUAUCAUGUCUCUUUUGUUCUGAUCUUGUCCACAUUUUGAUUAUAUCCAUAUUUGAUGCAAGGUGAACACAAUCAGAAAACACAUUUUGAGCUGAUCGUGAUUUCC